AUGAAUACACAUAAUAUUCCAGUUCAAGUAUCUAAUCCACCAAAUGAUCAGGUGCGCGUCUUUAAGGUUAUGACUGAGUCCGAACUAGCGGCGACAAAUGGUGUACGUCACAAUGGCGAUCGACGAGGAUCACAGCCCGUUGUUGAUAGAAGAGGAUCACUCCCCGUUAGCGAUAGGCGCGGAUCACUUCCCGUUAUCCAAUUUCCAUUUGCUACGGACGUUCAACGAUCGAAGCCUGCACGUAUUCCUGGCCGAAUCGUACAUACCAGAGGUGCUGGUGCUUUCGGUGUAUUCGAAGCAACUGAUGAUAUUUCAGACGUCUCUGAUGGAGCCGGUCCCGUCGAUACAUUGCGUGAGUCACGUGGCUUUGCAAUCAAAAUGUAUACUGAUGAAGGUAUAUGGGAUUUGGUUGGUAGUAGUUUACCGGUAUUUCCAAUAAAAGAUCCAGCUCUAUUUCCACCAUUUAGUCAAUCACUAAAUCGUAAUCCACAAACACGAUUGAAAGAUGCCAAUAUAUUUUGGAACUUUUUAACAAGCAAUCCUCAAACUAUACAUCACACAAUCCUGGUGAACUCAGAUCGUGAUGCGCCCGAAAGCUUUCGAUUCAUGGACUGUUAUGGUGCACAUACAUUCAAAAUGAUCAAUCAUAGAAAUGAAUUUGUGUGGGUUAAAUUCCAUCUUCGAUAUGAUCAAGAUAUUAAAACCUUCGAUCCUGAAGCAGCGAACGUACCAACAGUUGAACAAUUUAAUCAUGCUGCAGCUGAUUUAUUCAAUGCUAUUGCAACGAAGAAUUUUCCAAGUUGGACACUCUACAUUCAAAUAAUGACUGAAGAGCAAGCUAGACGUUGUCCAUUCAAUCCGUUUGACUUAACAAAAGUAUUCUCGCAAAAAGAAUAUCCUCUUCAUAAAGUUGGUAAAAUAACAUUGAACGAAAAUCCGAUCGAUUAUUUUUCUCAAAUCGAACAAGUGGCUUUCACUCCUGCUCAUAUGCCACCUGGUAUUGAAGCAUCACCUGAUAGAAUAUUUCAGAUGCGUAUAUCCUUUUAUAAUGAGCAACAACCUAAACGACUUGGUCCAAAUAAUCUGCUUCUUCCUAUUAAUAAUCCAGCAACGAAUCCGAUUUUCUUUGGAAUCCCUCAUCAGCCAAAUGCUUUCAUGCAAACACCUGCGACAAGUAGUUCUCUAGUGCGUCGUAGUAUUUCAAACGUUGCUUCGAAUAUUUUGCUCAAUGUAGAUGAUUUUACUCAAGCACGUGAUUUCUACAAGAAUGUAUUAGACAGUCAUGGUCGUAGUAUUUUAACCAAAAAUAUUGCUGAUAGUUUAGCACGAUGUACAGAUAGAAAUCUAGUUGGUCGAGCAUUGUUUAUGAUGUCUACAAUUGAUGAUACUUUUGCACGCAGAAUAGGAAAAAAACUUAAUUUCUAA